AUGACGGAGCUGACGCAGCGCAAGGUGGGGCCGUCCCCUUCUCCGUCUCCUCCUCUCUCCAAUGAUGGCAAAGGUGUGCGCGUGUCCGAGUUCGACUCGCGUCCGGUCUGCGCUAAUGAGGCGCCGCGUCGCUACGUACAACAAGGAGAUCAAUUAUUGUCAACAGGUCAAGGUCGCGCAAGCAACGCUGGCUGCUUAACUUUAUCCGGACUGAGUCGCGAGCUGCAAGAAAUGUUUUUACCUGCGGGGUAUCCGGACAGUGUGAGUGAAGAUUACCUCGGUUUCCAGUUCUGGGACACAUUGCAGGCAAUGUGCAGUUACCUUCGCGGCGUGUUGGCUACGCAAUCAGUGCUGCAAAGUGUGGGGGUGGGAGACGACAAGGCCACACCUCUGGCAGCAGCACUGCAAUGGGUUCUAAGAGACGGGUCCGGUAUGAUCGGAGGGCUGACCUUCGCCUACUUCGUCGGCCCCAAGUUCGACGUCAACGUCAAGCGAUGGCGACUCUUUGCUGAUGUGGUCAACGACGUAGGCUUAACACUUGAUAUGGUGGCGCCAUACUUCCCCACUUUAGUGACUGAAGUGCUCUGUGUCUCGAGUGUCUGCAAGGCAAUGUGUGGAGUGGCUGCAGGAGCCACGAGGUCCUCGUUGAUGACGCACUUCGCUAAGAGGGACAAUAUGGCCGAUUGCGCGGCUAAAGAGGGGUCACAGGAGACAGCAGUUAAGCUGUUUGGACUGAUGUUUGGCAUGUAUUUCGCCAAUGCCGUCAACUCGUCACCUCACGCGGUGUGGAUGGCGUUCUUAGUACUGACACUCGUCCACGUGUACGCGAACUACAACGCUGUGUCGUGCUUGUGUAUCCCCACGGUAAACUGCUCGAGAGGCUUGAUCUUGGUGCAGAGGUUCUUGAUGUCAGGUAACAAACCUGGUAAGGAGAAUGUUGCCGACCAUCAAGGACGGUAUUCCAUCCGCAGUGUUAACCAGGAAGAGCCGAUCUUCAAAGACCCUGUGCUACCGGUGACGAGUCAUUUGAUGAUGGGAUCGGAGCUCCAUCAGGCCGUUCCGACCUCGACGGACCUCGACCGACUGCUGCAGAUUUACGAGGAUGAGACGUAUUUACUGACAGUUGUGGGUGAUCGAGUGCACGUCAUGUUCGAGGCAGAAGCGAAGCCAACUGACGAGCUGCGAGCAUUCUUCCAGGCUGUUCUGGUGCUCCAGGCUCUGGCCUCAGUUCCUCCUACGACAUCGACACCCUCGUCAUCGAACGAGGGCAGCACCAAACAUCAGCCAUUGCUUGAAUCUACGUAUCGCAAGAUGACGUCUGACUUCCCACUGUUCCUCCAAGUGCUGCAGAAUAGCGGCUGGAGGACUCACAUGUUCCUACUCAACACGUCAACCUGGCGGAUUAAGAUCAGUGACCGCACGUAG